GCCCACCGACAACGAGCUGCUGGAGGCCUCACAGGAACUGGACCGGCCCCUGCAACCUCCAGCAGCCGUGGAGCAGACGGCAGAGACACCAGCUCCCCCGCCACGUCCUGGAGCUGCCAGUCCCCCGCCACCUGGAGUGCAGGAGUUGACGGAGCCAGCUGUCCUCCCUCCCCCGCCUCCUGCAGGCAGUGCUGAGCUGUUGCCUGCGUCCUGGCGGGCAGCUCUCACUGCGGAGCAGCAGCAGUGGAUUGGCCGGGAGCUGUUUACCAGGAGCAGCAAGGGGAGGUCCCGGCUCCUUAAGGAGUUGAACGUGUGGUGUUACCCUCCCCAGACCCGGCCGAUCUACACCCAGCCUCCCGUGUCCCCCGACCCCUUCUUGGCAUGUCGGCUGUUCCUGUGGAUGCCACACAGGAUCUGGCAGCAGCAGCUGACAUGCCCCCAGCCUUUGUGCACAGGUACCAUGACAAAGGCUGGGCUUUACAGGACCAUCCGGAGGGUCCUGGACAUCGACGGCUGGUAUCUCAUGGCCACUGAGUACCUAGAGUGCCGUCGGUAUAAGAAGAAGGUCGGAGGCUGGUCACAGGGCAUUAUUAGGCAGCUGUCCCCCACCUACAGCUGCCAAUUCCCGGCUGUACUUACGUACAAGCUGUCCUGUGACCUUAGGGUGGUGGCACAGCUGAGGUCACGCACUUUGGGCAACAGUGCUUCUCGGCUGUGCAACACCCUGCAGGAGACACACUCGGAUGCCUGGAUGCGGAGAGCUAUCGCGUACCUCGGCGUGUGCGAGCAGUUCCUGGCCUUGUGCGCGGUGAGGGGGCAGUUCUCACCACCACCCGAGAUGCCCCCUCUCCCCUCAGCCUUCUGGCUGUUAACGGUGUACAGCCAUGACAUCAUGGCACGGCUGGAGGAGUACAAGGCCAGGAUCACGUCAACCUUCGGGUCCAUCUUAAAGAUGGAUUCCACUAAGAAGGUGACGAAAAAGCUUGCAGGUACCGCUGCAGACACGGCCACCUGGGUUACCAACGUGGGUAAGGAGCACGGGCAGGUCCUCAUCAGUGUCCUCACCUGCUCCGAGGGCACAGAGGGCCUGUCCCCCAUGGCGGCCGGGUUGAUGAGGCGGUACCGACUCGCCGAGGUACCACCCCCCCAGCUGAUCUACGUGGAUCGCGACUGCUGCAGCCGAGACGGCGUGUCAAAGACAGCUGCCUUGUUUCAGGUGUCACCACAGAGACCCACGAGCUCUACGCCCCCUUCAUGAGGCAGCUGUCUCAUUGCAUCUUCGAGGUGGAC